AUGUGUUGCUGUUUUUUCCUUUGUUUUUUAGAUGGAUGGAAAAAACGAUGGGUAGAAUCUAAACACCAGCCGGAUUAUGGGAAAUUUCAGCUCACUGCUGGAAGAUUUUACGCAGACAAAGAAAAAGAUAAAGGUCUCCAGACCAGUGAAGAUGCCAAGUUUUAUGCCCUUUCGACCCGAUUUAAGCCAUUCAGCAAUGUGAAUGAGACCUUGGUGGUUCAGUUUUCAGUAAAACACGAGCAAGGCAUCGAUUGUGGUGGUGGGUACGUGAAACUCUUUCCUGCUACCCUGAACCAAGAGGAUAUGCAUUCGGAAUCUGAGUAUUACAUCAUGUUUGGCCCUGACAUCUGUGGCUUUGGCAACAACAAAGUACAGGUCAUUCUUCAUUACCAAGGGAAAUACCAUGAGAACAACAAGACCAUCAAGUGCAGGAUCAAUAAAGACACUCACCUGUACACUCUGAUCAUUCGCCCCAAUGCUACCUAUGAGGUCAAAAUUGACAACCAGCAAGUAGCAGCUGGGGAACUGGAGGAUGACUGGGACUUCUUGCCUCCCAGAAAAAUCAAAGAUCCCUAUGCCCGGAAACCACGGAAAUGGGACGAGCGCCUGCAAAUAGAGGAUCCUGAAGAUAAGAAACCUGAGGACUGGGAAGACUCUGAGUACAUCCCAGACCCAGAGGCCAAGAAGCCCGCCGACUGGAAUGAGGCCAUGGAUGGGGAGUGGGCAGGGCCCCUGAUACCCAACGUAAAGUACAAGGGACAAUGGAAACCCCGGAUCAUUGACAAUCCCAAUUACCAAGGGGAGUGGAUUCAUCCAGAAAUAGACAACCCUAAGUACAAGCCUGACCCCACCAUUUGUCACUAUUACAACAUCAGCGUCCUUGGCCUGGACCUUUGGCAGGUGAAAUCAGGCAGCAUCUUUGACAAUUUCCUUCUAACAAAUGAUGAAGAGUUUGCGGAAGAGGUUGGAAACAACACUUGGGGACUGAGAAAAGACAUAGAGAAGCAAUGGAGAGAACUUCAUGAAGAAAUGGAAAAAAGAAAACAGGAAGAAGAGGCCAGGCAGAAAAAGGAAAAGGAGGAGGAAAAGAAAGAUGAUAUCUGGGGACUUGAAGAAGAGGAAAAUGAAGAGGAUUCUGAAGAGGAACCGGGAAAUGAUGGGCAGAUGCCAGGAGGGGAAGCUGAAAGAGCAUUUCUGCAUAAAAAUGAAGAAGUUUUGGUCGACCAGAAGGAUGAACUGUAACUCG